AGCGUCGAUUGACUGAGAGUGAUUGACUCCAACAAUGAAACGUUUUGGAAUCUUUAACAACUUCAAUUUUGUUCAACUCCAGAAACGUCCUUAAAAUACGCAAACAUUCAAGCGAAUUUGAAUCUUUAGUCUUUGGGUUUUCAGAUUCAAUAAGUUUUACAUUCCUAUAGGCAAAAUUUUAAAUUAUUGAUGAGCUCAAACAUGCACGUCCAUGAUUGAAGUCUGAUGGAGGAUCAAGAUUGUAACUUGUAGUUACGACUUGAAGCUGUUUUUGAAAAGCUAAAAUAUUUAAGCUGGAAAUAUCUUACAAAGCAACAGCUCCAGCUAUGCUAUCCUGGAAGCUUUUCGUAUCUCUUAACGCGGUUUUUAAUCUAUAUUUGUGGACUAUCGUUCCAGUAUCUGCAAGCUUGAGUUUUGUUACAGAACCUGCUGAUCAAGUCAUAGCUGUAGGAAGUUCAGUGAUUCUUAAUUGCGAUGCAACCGACAGUAACGGCAGGCCACUUGGCAUCAACUGGAAAUGGAACAAUGAUUGGAUAUUAGACCCUAAUAAACCACCCUGGUUACUGCUGAGAAAUAACUCACUAUACUGUCAGUCUAUCACAGCACAAGAUGUGGGUCAAUUUCUGUGUGCCGCAACUAUCACAGGGGCAAGUGAGAUAAAAUACAGUAGGACGGCCAAAGUUCAACUUGCAUACACUGAUGCACAGUUUUCCUCAUCACCAUCAAACAAAACAAGCAGAGUGGGAGAUGCAAGCACCUACUUCACCUGCAUUACUGGCUACAGUCUUCCAUCUGCGUCUGUCUACUGGGAAAAAGAUGGACAAAAAAUCACCACAGGAAAAGUUACAAAUAUGUUGAUUGAUUCUGCRAAGCAAGGAAUCAAGUGGACGUCCUCAAGUCUUUUAAUCUACAAUAUUGAUUUAUCAAGUGCUGGGUCUUAUCGUUGUGUAGCAGUGAAUCCCCUGGCACAUACAAUUGUUAGAAAGAGCGAAGCAGCCCACUUGAUUGUUUUGCUCGAUUUUCAAUUUGUUGAGCAUCCCACAAGCCAGAACGUUACCAUGGGAACCCAAGCAACACUUCAUUGCAAGCCACCAAACAGCUACCCAGUCAAUAUUCAAAUCAACUGGUUUAAGAAUUACCAGCAAAUCCAGGCAGAACCAGGCAUCAGUAUAACGAGCUCUGGGUCUCUAGUUUUUAGUGCCAUCAAGAAAUCAGACGAAGGAGAAUAUUUUUGUAAUGGUGUUAAUCCUGAUCUACGGGAGUCACGUUCAUCAAACAUCGCUCUCAUUACAGUAUGGGUCCCUCCAACAUUUCUCGUCCGUCCACAAGAUACCGCUGUCAUUCAGUACCAGCCCCUCCAUCUACUCUGCAAGUCCACAGGGUUCCCAGCACCAUCUUUAACAUGGCUCAAAGAUAACAGUUCUCAUAAUACUGGUCACGUGAAUAUCCUAGCCAAUGGUAGCUUGAGUAUUAUCCGCACGACCGUAAAGGAUGCUGGAGAGUACUCUUGUGUGGCUAGUAAUGUCGCCGGAAGUGCUGUUAUGAAAGUCAACGUGGUGAUCUAUGUUCCCCCAUCAGUUACAGCCUAUCCUUCAGAUGCCACUUGUGUCCUUGGACAGCCAAUCACGUUCAAGUGUAAUUUUACUGGCAUACCCUCACCACGUGUAGAUUGGUACCACGAUAAUGGCACGACAAUCCGUCCCGUCCCCUCCACCCCUAAGUACAGCAGAGUCGGGUACACUUUGACUGUGACUUCAGUCAGUGUUGCGGAUGAAGGGAGGUUUGUUUGUAAAGGGAUCAAUGUGGCUGGGGUUGUCAAUGCUUCUGCUCACCUUAACGUUCAAGUUCCAGUCUCCCUUGACGCCGGCCCCGUGAAUAUCACCGUGAACCAGUCCUCCUCAGCCUCGUUCCAGUGCAUAGCGUCAGGUGACCCCAAACCAAAUAUCACAUGGUACAAAGAAGGAACCCUGGUACAGAGUAAUGGACAUUUCAUUAUUACAGGAGACACCCUCUCCAUCCCCAAUACGAAUCCUAGUGAUGCAGGUCAAUAUCAGUGUCACGUGACUAAUGGGCUCGCUACGCAUGUCGGGAAGGCUCACCUCGUUGUUCAAGUGAGUCCAGCCAUUACCUCUUUCAAUGUUCCAAUCUUCGCACGACUUGGUGGUAACACUUCAAUGACCUGUCAAUCAUCCGGCAUACCAAACCCACGAGUCACGUGGUACAGAGAUGAUAGCGUCAUCUUACCUGGGUCACGUGUCUUCCUGUCAGUUGAUGGCUCGCUGAGGAUUGUGGGAAUGGAUGCUUCUGAUGGCGGGAUUUAUACCUGUGUGGCGAGUAAUGCUGCAGGAAGGACGUCAAGGAAGGGGAACCUAACUGUUCAAGUCCCUCCAAGUCCUCCUGUUAGUCUAACUGCCAUACCCUUGUCUUCCACGUCAAUCAAUUUGUCAUGGCAACCAGGGUUUAACGGCCACACGGCCAUCACUGGGUACAAGGUAGACCUGAAGAAAGAAGGCCAGUCUUCAUUCAGUGAAUUAGAAGCAAGUAUUGAUCGACUGGAGUUGGUUACUAGUUCUCUAGUGCCUUAUACUAGGUACACGUUCAGGGUGUUGGCACGAAAUGUCAUUGGUUUAGGCCAAGCAGCAGAAGUAUCUAACAGAACCCUGGAAGAUGCUCCUUCAGUACCAAACGAUGUUUUACUAACAACACUAAACGCGACCGCGGUACAAGUUAGGUGGUCAGCGCCUUCUCGCCCUAAUGGUGUGAUCACGUGGUAUGAAAUUGAGCACCAGUCCCUACCAAGUGGCUCGGCCUUAAAACAGGAGGUUGAUGGUUCAAGUCUCUCAUUAGUUCUGUCUGGUUUGCGGCCAUUUACAGAGUAUUCUGUAAGAGUAAGGUCAGCCACUGGCGCAGUGUCGAGGAAAUGGGGGAAUUAUUCAACAUCUGUCGUUAAGAAGACCGCUGAAACAGCACCUGAUCAACCGCCACGUGACAUACGAUGUAAUUCUCUAAACUCCACUGCAGUGUCUGUCAGCUGGAAGUCUGUUCCUUUUGGCUCAGCAAAUGGUAUCGUCAAAGAGUAUCGUAUCUCUUACCAGGCCACCGGACCGUACAGGUACUCUAGUAUCACCAUAGUAACAGUAGAUGGAGGGAUUAACAAUACUUCACUAGGAGGCUUGUUCCCAUGGACGAAUUAUAAUAUCUCGGUCCAGGCCGUCACGGUCAGUGUUGGACCAGGUAGUGAGUGGAAGACCGUGCGUACUGGUGAAGCAGCUCCAUCCGGCGCACCAGCCAUCAACGUGACAUUCUCAAACGAGACGACCAUCUACCUCCACUUGAUAACACCCCUUCCACACAUGCGCAAUGGUCUUAUAACUGGCUACGUGAUUUAUUACAAAAAAUCCGCCUCCUCUGGACCGUUCUUUGAAGUGUCUACGUCAUCUGCCACGGUAUUGGUCAGUAACUUGACUGUAUUCACGGUUUAUCACGUAAAGGCUGCGGCAGCUACGAAGGCUGGUACAGGAAUCCCAAGCGAUGUUAUUACUGUUAAAACUGAUGAAGGAGUUCCAAACUCUGUGGAAGAUAUCACUAUACUUCAAGCUACUCAUGACGCAAUAAAAGUCACGUGGGAGCCGCCUAAACCGGAAACAGGAAACAUUCUUUUUUACACUGUGUAUUUGAACACAACGAGUACCCUGAGCACUAGGACAACAAGCAAACCACCAAUCACAUUGGAGAAUCUGUCUCAUAAUACUACAUACUAUAUAUGGGUAAUAGCGAGAACAAAGAAGGGUGAUGGACCAAUAGGAAAGAUAUUAAGAGUCCAAACACGAAAUCUUCCCCCACAUACCACAGGAAGCCCAACCAAUUCGUCGCUGGCCAAUAAAACUGAGCCCACGGGAGUAAAGUCAUCUGAGCAGCGGGGCGACUCUUUUUUAUCCUUGAGUCAAAGGGACUUCAUCAUCGUUGUAGCCUGCGCAAGUGUAGUGUUGCUCAUAUUAAUUAUCGUUAUCCUUGGUUUGGUUUGCGUUCGUUCAAGGGAUAAACACGGGUUUACUGACUCGGCAAAAACACGUAAAGUAGGUCGAGGUAUCGAUGUACACGAGUUACGAGGGGUUUCACCAGACAGGAGACCAGUCCUCGACGUCCAAGAAGAGACGAGCUCUUUUAAUGACUUCUCUGACUGGAACAGCUCGUUCACUGGGGUCAAUUCUGAACAAAUCGAAGAUCCAGUCCCUGUCAAGAAUUCUCCUAUCCUAGAGUUUCCGGUAGAGACUGAAACCAAGCCAGUAGAUGAACCAGUCACCAGUUCUCCUCCUCCUCAGCAAGCAGAACCUGAUUCUUUGGCAAACCCUGUAAUUCCCUAUUACGAAAAAUUCAGGAAUUCUCCUGUAUCUAGGAUUCGGAACAAGAAGCCUUCGUUAGGUUCAAACGCCAGUUCUUAUGAUCAACCUUACUCAAGUGUCGAUGAGCUGGGAACUGGGUUUUCAAGUUUCACACCCCCUCCCCCACCGGACUUCAGAAACGAUGAACCUCACCGUGAUGACAGUCCUCCCCCAGCGGACCCCCCUCGGGAAUUCUCAAAUGACUUAUAUACCACUGUACACGAUCAGCCAGAACAGCAACCUACUACUAGCGCUGAUUUUUUUGAACCAGGCUAUGCAGAACCGGAAGUUAGAGUCCGUAACAAACCGGAUACGGAAGUCAAAGGCAAUGAAAAAUCGCAACCGGAAGACGACGGUUAUGCAGAGCCGGAAGGGGUUUCUCUGCCACCAUCAUAUUUUCCAUCAGACUACGUUGGUGUUGAGAACGAUGGAUAUGAUACCGACGAAGAGCUUGAUAAAUAUCUGGGUGAACAAGAAGAAAAGACAAAGAAGCACGACCAAAAGACCACAAAUACACCUCAUUCGCCUUCGGUGAGCCCGCUAUCUCAUGGCUCAGCGGAAGCUGACAAACCGGAAGUCAUGUAUGCCAAACCUGAUUUGUCAAAGAAGAAAAAUAGAAAAAGCCCUGGAAACGAGUCCAGAGAUUACGACGCUGUUGUAGUAUAUGAUGAAAGAACCAAUCUUUAGACAGUGAAGCAAUCUGUAAAUAAUACAUAGUAAAAUGUGUUUUUAAUGCCCUUUUAAUGCUAUUUUUACUUUUAUGCAUCUAUUCUAGCAUGAGAUAUUAUAUUUUAUAUAUUUUUGAUAAUAAAAACGUUUAAAAAUGCUCGAGGCAUUGUUGAUGUUAUGUGAUUAUCAAA